AUGGGCUCGGAAGCUCGCGAUGUUCCAGAUGGCGGAGCGUCAGCGGAGGUCCACUCAGUCGGUGCUGAGGUGCAGAGCCCGAGCAGCGCCCUGCUGCCAAGGCAGGGUGCUGAAAUGCCAACAGGCAGUACUCCCUCCACUGACAGCAUUGUCUCCUUCGUCUCUUUCAGGAUUUCACUCAGGACAGAGGCGAUGUGCUGGGAGCCUGGACGGCUUUUCUACUCCCACAUGCCGCGCGGGCUGGAUGUGCGCAUCAACGAGAUGCUGCAGCCGAUCUUUUCGCACAUCAACAGGGAAGACCACGCUGAGCGCACAGCGCUGCUCCACUUGACACGCGCCUUCCUGAAGCGUAGCGGCUGGGAGGCAAGUGACGACUGUGCUGGCUGGCUGAAAUUGUACAUAUCGCACUUUCCGUGCAUAUCCUGUGUGGCGGUUAUCUGCCAGCUGAAGUUCGUGCGCUUCUUCCCCGCCAUCAGACUCGAGCUAGACUUCGACAACAUGUGGAAGACUCGCUUCGAGCCUGCUGACCAGCGGGGUGCCGAGCGUUUCCUUGCAGAGGGUGGUCUUGCAGGGCGCCGGCAGCGGAUUGAGCAGGGCUUCUACGAGUGGUAG